AUGGAGGUGAGAGAACUAAAUGCGAGGAGAAUGAAAGGUACUAAUGACCACGGGAUUGGUGUUGUAGGUGGAGCCCCAGCAGAGCCACCUGGGAGCAUCUCAGGUCGUCCUCUCUCCGCUGCAGUCCGUCUCUACGUGUACGCCCUGCAUGGCUGCCUCUGUGAGGUGGUCUUCACUGCUGUGUGGGACUGGUGCAGCACCCAGGACAGAAGGCUGGCGGGUCACAGCAGCCUGUGGGCGCUGCCCAUGUACGCCACCGCAAUCUACCUCAUGGAGAGCCUGAGAGCCCGGCUGCUGGCAAAGCACCGCCCGCUGCCAGCGCGCCUGCUGUCCUACACCUUGUUCAUCUACCUAUGGGAGUUCAGCUGGGGGGCGGGGCUGAGGCUGCUGGGGGCCUGUCCCUGGGACUACUCAGGUUACAGGUACAACCUGGGAGGACUGGUCACACUGGAGUAUGCACUGCCCUGGGCUGUGGCGGCAUUUAUAGCAGAGCAGCAUGUGAUCAGGAACACUCUGAGGAUACGACUGCACAGCUGA